GGCCUGGUUCGGCUCAGUCUUCUUUGUUUGUGGUGGUCCGUGAUGAGAGCAGCUCCAGGGGGCUUCCUGGUGCUCCCAUGGCCCGGGUCGGGCUCUGGGGGCUCGGAUCCAGGGCUGGAGGUGGAGGUGGAGGUGGAGGGCCACUGGGGGCUGCUACGCUGCGGAGCUGUGCUGGGAUUCACUCUGAUCUGUGUAGCAGUGUUACGGAAGUGGAUUGCAGGUGGAGUUUGUCGCUGCUCAGUUCGUCUGGAUGGGAAGACAGUUCUGAUCACUGGAGCCAACACUGGCAUUGGGAAGGAGACGAGCCGAGACAUGGCCCGCAGAGGGGCCCGGGUGAUAAUGGCCUGUAGAGAUCUGACCCGUGCAGAGCGAGCUGCAGAGGAAAUCCGCCAAUCGACAGGAAAUGGAAAUGUGGUGAUCAGACACCUGGACCUGGCUUCCAUGUACUCGGUUCGACAGUUCGCCAAAGACUUCAUAGACAGUGAAGACAGACUAGACAUCCUGAUCAACAAUGCAGGUGUGAUGAUGUGUCCUAAAUGGCUGACAGAGGAUGGCUUUGAGACUCAACUGGGCGUUAACCACUUGGGUCACUUCCUGCUGACCAAUCUGCUGCUGCCAAAGCUGAAGAGCUCCACCCCCAGCCGCGUGGUCAAUGUAUCGUCCAUUGCCCACCGGGGAGGGCGGAUUGACUUUGAUGAUCUGUUCUUCAGUCGGCGGCCAUACAGCGCUCUGGAGAGUUACAGACAGAGCAAACUGGCCAAUGUCCUGUUCACCAGAGAACUCGGACAACGCCUCCGAGGCACGGGGGUGUCGACGUUCUGCCUCCACCCUGGUGUGAUCCGGACCGAGUUGGGUCGUCACGUUGAGGGCUGGUUCCCUCUUCUGGGGAUGCUACUGAGGCUGCCCUCCCUGCUGCUCAUGAAGACACCCACUCAGGGCAGCCAGACCACAGUGUACUGCGCCGUGACGCCGGGGCUGGAGGGCCUUUCAGGACGCUACUUCAGUGACUGUGCGGAGAAAGAGACGGCUCCUGAGGGUCGUGACGACGCUGUGGCCAGGAGGCUUUGGGAUGAGAGUGCACGAUUAGUCGGAUUAAAGGACACAUGAUGACCUCUGUCAUCUGACCUGUUACCUGAUGUCACUGUCUAAAGAGGUUAUGUCAGGUCACGUGAAUGACAGCUAGCGGGAACCAAUCAGAGAGUAGUUUAACUUGGACGUUCUCCUAAUGUUUUUUUUUAACAGUGGUUCCCACACAUUCUCACCAAGUUUUUAUUUUAGUUUAUUUUUAUUUUAUU